AUGAGUCUGCUCAACAAUAUGCCAGACUCGAAGCAGCAGGGUUCAGAUGACGAUGGCAAUGUUGAUGACUAUGUUGAUUUUGAUGAUGAUGACAAUCAUGAUAUCCCAGCAGACCUUCUGGCAAUGAUCAAAUACCAUGGACAUUCGUGUCCGAUCACCAAUUACUUUGAAAUUGCCAAGACCCUCCAGCACAGGGAAAUGGGAAUGGUCCCUGUGCCAUUGUGCUCAUUCAUUAUUGAACACACAGCAUUUCACCUUGCCUAUGACCCUUCCAUCAGAAAUAUAUCUGUUGAUGAUGCUGCCAUUAAGUUUGGCCUUCCUGACUUACAACCAGCCAUUGCCAACUUUCUUCAUUGUGAGGCUACUCACAGGAGGGAUCACAUCUAUACUAUUGGGGGGACUAGAAGAGCUAGACCCACCACUCCACUUCCCUUUGACAACUACAAGUCUGGUUUACAUCACCAAAACUUCACAACCCAGAUAUACCAAGCAAAGGUUAUAUAA